CAUCCGCCCGUUCCGGUGCCGGCCGUUGCCGUCUCUCCGGCCGCGCGCGCGCGCUUAUAUAAAGCCCCGGCCACCUGCGCUCCUUCCCCCAACCACAAGCGGACUCCUCUCUUCCUCUCCGGUCCCUCCAGCCUCCACCUGUCUCCUCCGAGCUCCUCCUCCUCUGCUCCCCGCGCGCGGCUCGAUCGACCGUCGAUCCCGAUACCAAUCGCAAUACUCAAGCCACCGAUCGCCCGACAUGGCCGGCGCCCAGUCCUGGAGGUCCUACCUGUGCUGCGUCGGCGGCAGCGCCGCGGUGGAGGACGACGACUCGACGCCGCGGCGGCGGCGGAUCGGGGGCAAGGACAGCCCGCGGUCGUCGUCGCGGAUGUCGUUCACGAGCCUCAGCUCGUCGGAGACGCUGUCCCCCGAGGACCUCUCGCUCACGCUCUCCGGCUCCGACCUGCACGCCUUCACGUACGCCGAGCUCCACGCCGCCACGGGCAGCUUCUCCCGCGCCAACUAUCUCGGCUGCGGCGGGUUCGGCCCCGUCUACCGGGGCGCCGUCGGCGAGGGCCUCCGCCCGGGCCUGCGCGCGCAGGACGUCGCCGUCAAGUACCUCGACCUGGAAGGCGGCACGCAGGGGCACAAGGAGUGGCUGGCCGAGGUGUUCUUCCUCGGGCAGCUGCGGCACAAGAACCUGGUGAAGCUGAUCGGCUACUGCUACGAGGCGGAGCACCGGAUGCUGGUGUACGAGUUCAUGAGCUCCGGGAGCCUGGAGAACCACCUCUUCAAAAGCGUCAACGGCGCCCUCCCGUGGAUGACGAGGAUGAAGAUCGCCGUGGGCGCGGCCAAGGGCCUCGCCUUCCUCCACGACGCCGACCCGCCGGUGAUCUACCGCGACUUCAAGGCCUCCAACAUCCUGCUCGACUCGGACUACAACACCAAGCUGUCCGACUUCGGGCUGGCCAAGGACGGGCCGCAGGGGGACGAGACGCACGUGACGACGCGUGUCAUGGGGACCCACGGGUACGCGGCGCCCGAGUACAUCCUCACGGGGCACCUCACCGCCAAGAGCGACGUGUACAGCUUCGGGGUGGUGCUGCUGGAGCUGCUCGCGGGCCGGCAGUCGGUGGACCGCGCGCGGCGGCCGCGGGAGCAGAACCUGGUGGACUGGGCCAGGCCGUACCUCAAGCACCCCGACAGGCUCUACAGGGUCAUGGACCCGGCCCUCGAGUGCCAGUACUCGUGCAGGGGCGCUGAGGUGGCCGCCGUCGUGGCCUACAAGUGCCUCAGCCAGAACCCCAAGUCCCGGCCUACAAUGCGGGAGGUGGUCAAGGCCCUCGAGCCCGUGCUGGGAAUGGACGACUUCUUCCCCGCUGGCCCGUUCGUGUUCACUAUCAGCGUGGAGGACGAUAAGGUGGUAGGCGUCAAGGUGGAGGUCGAGGAGAAGCCGCACCGGCCGCAGCAGCACCGGAGCCACCAGGACAGGCACCGCCAGAAGUACCCCAACUCCUCGAUCCACGCCGGCAUUGUGCUCCACAGCCGGGAAGGGUUGGUCGGCGAUGACUACACCAACGCGCUACGGCGGCAACGGAGGGCAUCGAGCCACCGCCAGGAGAGGGGGGCGUAGGAGGCGGGAGCGGGAAGUGGUGAGUAGGACUUAAAGGGGGUUCAGUGUAUAUACUAGAGGUGCGACACAAUGUCACAUCGGCUUGGUUUAGUUCUAAGAUUGUGAUUCUAGUUUUUUUUUUCUUGAUAGUGAUAGUGGAUGUUAGGUGUUAGAAAAUACAGGUAUUGCAAGAAUAGUGUGAUGAAAAGUCCGGCUCGGACAUGCAAAGGUUUGUGGCACAAAGAGGUUGUGUAAAAGGAAAAUGUGGUGAAACAGUCACCCAAUGCUGGUUGCACUUUGCUCA